AUGCGCGUCAACGUCCCGCCCCUGACACGCGGCCUGCUGGUCUGCCUCUUCAUCUUUACCCUGCUCAAUUGGAUCCUGCGGCCGGGCUACAGUGACUGGGUGCAGGGCGUGGGAAAGCCGCUCGUGAGUGCUGGGGACGGCGCGCCAUACCUGGCCAUCAUUCCUGCCACCGCUAUUGUUUACCCAUGGGUAUUCCUGAUCGCAACCGUCGUCGAGGAGAACAUCUUCGGCCUGCUGAUCACCGGCCUGACCAUCUUCUACGGCGGCCGUUACCUGGAGCGCGCGUGGAGCUCCGCCGAAUUUGCCAAAUUCAUUCUCUUCGUUUCCAUGAUACCCAACAUAUUGACUUAUCUCCUUUACAUCAUUGGUUAUGCCCUGUCCAAGAACGACGAAGCUUUGUCGGCAACCAUCUCCGGCGGCAUCGCGAUCCAAGCCGGCUUCCUCGUCUCCUUGAAGCAGCUUGUCCCGGAACACACUGUAUCCAUCGCCAGAGGCACCAUCCGCAUGCGUGUCAAGCACUUCCCCAUCAUCUUCCUCAUCGCCAACACGCUCUCCGGCCUCCUCUUCGGCACUGAGACCGCCACCUUCCUCUCGUGGUUCGGCUUCUUCACCGCAUGGAUCUACCUUCGCUUCUACCGCAUGUCCCCCUCCGUUAUAUCCGCCUCCACUGGCGAGGACUCUUUCGUCCGUGGCGACGCGUCCGACACGUUCUCCUUCGCCCACUUCUUCCCCGAGCCACUGCAGACCCCGGUUGAGCUGUUCGCAGACCAGUUCUACAACGCAUUGGUGGCGAUCAGGAUCUGCACGCCCUUCUCGCACGAGGACAUCGAUGCCGGCAACGAACAGGCCAUGGCCCGCGCCGAGGGCGGUCUGCCGAGCCUCAUGAACUCAGGCAGGGGAGCGAGGGGAGGCCGCAGGGAAGAGGCCGAGCGGAGAAGGGCGCUGGCGCUGAAGGUCUUGGACCAGAGGUUACAAGCUGCGGUCAACAAGCCGCAGCAGCCGACCGUGUCUGCAGCGCCGGCCGGCCCAUCGAUAUUGGGCGAAACGACCUACGAGCCGGAGCGCCAUGACGAGUCUCCAGUGAAGGCUGCGGCAGCUUAA